GUAAGAUGGCGAACUCAAGUGGCGCUAGUAGUGCUAGCGUAGUAAGAGUACUUGCUACUGACUCAACUGAGUACUGUAAAAUUACAAAGGAUUUUGAGUUGAGAUUUAAUUCUCAGACAGACCAGGCCAGUAUUGGUCACAUCAGUUGUUAGGAGCACACCAUUUUUCAUUCCCAUGUGCUAGUGUAAUAUUCACAGUCAAACAAAGAAACAGCCAGGUGGUCUUACAGAUAUAUCAGUGAUUUAUAAUUAAAUAAUUCUAACAAUUACCUCCAAAAGGAAAUUAAAUCAAAAUCAUUGAUAAUAUUUCAUUUUUGCUUAUUUAUUUGGAAAAAUAAAUUCCCACAAUGGAAAAUGAUAUUUUACGGCAAAUAUGGAAUACAUUUAAAGAAUUAUCACUAGAAGUACCGUUCAAUAGCAAUGAUGCUGAACCUUUUUUUUCUGAUAAAACUGAGGACAAUGUACCAAUAAGAAAAUUAUUUAUUGGUAAUUUGGCUGAACGCACAUCGAAUAAAGACUUGGAAAAACUAUUUAGUGCCUACGGAAAAAUAGAAGCUUGUUAUGUAAAAAGAGUUGAUGGUAGAAGUCAUUUUGGCUUUAUAACUUAUGCCGAUGUUGAAAGUACAGUGCAAGCCCGGCAGGCAGCUCACAGAAUGGAAAUAAAAUUACACUCCAGAAUCCUGCGGGUGACUGCUGCCGAUUCUUGGCACCAGCCUGACAGUGUUGAGAAGCAAAAAAAGUUUCCUAAUAAACAUACUAAAAGUGAUCCUGAGGCUGUUGUUGAAGCUCCCACGCCUGAGCCAGAUAACUCGGAUUCGGUGAUAAAUAAAUUAAAUGAUGAUUGUUUACGUGAAAUAUUUUUAUACUUGCCUAUUGCUGAUCGGAUACGCGUCGAAAGAGUGUGCAAACGUUGGCAAGCAUUGAGCCACGAAUCUUGGCACGCAGUUAAAUCCUUAAACUUGUCAAAAAAUUCAUGGGGACUGUCACCAAAAAUCCGAGUGCAAGUAGUGGACACAAGCACGCUCCGCAAGGUGUUAAUCCGCUGCGGAAAAUUUCUCACCCACCUUGACUUGUCACAAGUCUCCCAUUUAUUGGGCUCGAGUACUCUGACAAUAGUCGGGAAGCUCUGUCCAAAUUUGCAAUCGGUAAAUAUAACCAGCAUACCACUGUCGCAGUCAGGAAUAAGCUCGCUGAUGACCCACUGCCAGAAUAUUACCAAAUUUAUGAUGAAGACACUUCGCGGACCCAGCGAGCGCGACUUGUCGCUAUUUUUUGGAGUAAACAAAAAAUUAAAGUACCUGUCAGUCGGAGGCGACGAAUAUAUAAUCGGGAAAUCAUUUGCUUCACUGCCUCAGGAGGUUCUUGAAGAUUUGCACCUGACCCGCUGCACAGCUCUCGUGUCCAGUCACUUUGACGUGGUGAUUAAUCACCUAACAAAUUUGAAAUCGCUGACGCUCAAUAUGUGCGUGUGUCUCACUGACUCGACACUGGAGGCUGUGGGUAACAAGACAACGAUAACGGACCUAAAAUUCAUGGGCACGCACCCGCUGAUCUCUGCUAACUCGCUGAAUAAUUUAAAAAAUUUAGUUAAUCUAGAAAGAUUGUGUCUGAAAGAAAACCUGGCGGUAAACGAUGAUUUUUUGAUUAACUUGUCGCAGAAUUGUAAACAACUUAAUUACUUGGAUUUAAUGAGUUGUCAGGCGGUAACUGAUCGAGGUAUUAGUCCACUGACAACUCUCAAUAAAUUAGAAACUUUGAUAGUUAAUUUUGUCCCCCAAGUGACUGAUGAAGCCAUUGCGAAUCUUCAGAGCCUCAAAGUUUUCAGUAGCUGGGGCUGCAAGGGUAUUACCGACUCAGGUAUUAUUAAUUUAAUUAACACUGCUCCUAAUUUAAUUUCUCUUGAUUUAUCGGCGACUUCGAUCACUAGCGAGUCUCUUCAAGUUGCUGUUACUGUUACGAGAAAACGCAAAAGUAAUUUUAUUCUUAAAAUGAUUAUUGGGGGGACCAAUGCUCAUUCUUCGGAUAUUCAAGAAAUUUCUCCGUUAUUGCAAAUAGUUAAUCUUGAUUUGUCAGUUUUAGAAAAUACUACGAGUAAAUAUGAGUAUUUAUUGUAAAAUUAAUUUUUUUUUAUCAUUUAUUUUGAAUGCUUAAAUUAAUUUUUUUUAAAUUAAG